CGGUGCAGACGCGCCUGUUUGCCCGCAGCGAACGGGCCGCGCAUACGGGUUUUUAAAUUUUGUUUUCCGGAGGUCAUCGCUUAAGUGUUUUUGCAAAAUGAUCGCUACGGUAGUUGCGAUUGGCCGAUGGACACACUUGGCAAUGGGUUAUGCAUAAUUAUCCAAUUGAGAUUCAUAACUCUGUAACACCAGCGUGUGACUGCGCGUGUCGGUCGCGCGUCUCGCGUGACCCAUUCGUAUUUUAGGCGGUAGGACCUAGUCUAGCGGAUCCGGUCUCCGUAAUACGUUUCUGUCUUAGAGGUCAGCCUGAGUGAUUUCCUUCGAAACAUCGAUGAAAUGAGAUGCCGGUUGCUCUGUCUGUUCUUGUUAACGGCCCUGAUGAUCAGCAGCACAGAGGCGGCGAAGGGCGGAGGUAGAGCGAGAAGCCGCGUCCGAGGAAGAGUGUAUAACCAGCAUAUGCCCAUCUUGAUACCGCAUCGAAAUCCCGCCAGUGCGCACUAUUACGAAAAUAAGGAUGGCGCGAAGAUCGUGAAGGCUUCCCACUUCGAGCUGGAUUACAUGCUGGGCAGAAAGAUCACGUUCUUCUGCAUGGCCACCGGCUUCCCGAGGCCAGAGAUCACUUGGCUGAAGGACGGGAUUGAGCUGUAUCAUCACAAGUUUUUCCAGGUGCACGAAUGGCCGGUUGGCAACGACACGAUAAAAUCGAAAAUGGAGAUCGAUCCUGCAACGCAGAAAGACGCGGGAUAUUACGAGUGUCAGGCGGACAAUCAGUACGCGGUCGAUCGACGGAGCUUCAGAACGGACUACGUCAUGAUCACGUAUUGAACGCGUUCUUCAGAUCUGCGAGAGACAUCGCGCGCGCAUACACUGUAUUAGAAUUAAUUGUAACACUUUAUCAAUAUAUAGUACACGAGAUUAUAUUAAUCAAAAGUUUAUUAUAUAAGUUUUUACCUAGCUAAACGCAUUAUUGCUAUUAGCAACUUUAAUAAUAAAACGAACAUGUGACAAUCAUA